CGCCAGCUGCUCGUCUCUAUAAACAGGCUUCUCCCAAUGCAGUUUUCCACCCGCUCUUUGUCCGCGACCGGCUGACUGACGACACGUUUCCCUUUAAGAUGAUGUCGGACACAAUUACGCCUUAUUUAAUUAUUCUGUGUAAUGUCAGCGGGCAGAAACAUGGACUAAACCAGCGACGGUAGGAGAGGAGUCUAGCAUCACCUCAUCUCAAAGUGGCUAACAUGAGUCCGGUGUCCUUGCUUGUGUCAAAGGCAACACUGGUGUUUAUCAGAGGCUACAACACUUCUCCGGGACAGAAAUGUAUUUUCAUAUAAUAGACAAAGCAGACUGGCAUCGAGGCGCAGAGGAGACACGGUGAAUGCGGUCAAAGUCUCCCCGCAAUGUUGUGGAUGUUUGGAAGAAACAACGGCCAGUAGCAUUUUGGUUCACAUUUGACAACACUUAAACAAAGGAGCUUUCCUGCAGCUCUUCUGCCAGGAGACCAACCAUAUCAACAUCUUCCCCUCGUCUCCACCGUUAACCCCCAACGAUGACAUCCCCGGACUCUCCCCCUCUGGUCUCCCCUUCCCCUUGCCCUGCUCCCCCUCCAUCCCUCCCCUCCUCUCCAGUUCCCUCCUCCCCAGCCCCUUCUUCGUCCUCCCUCCCCGCCCAGCCCUCGCUGCCUCCUACAGGUGAGGUGAUGGUACUGGCUCUGGGCAGGAAGAAACAGAGGGUUCUGAUUGCUCUCUCCAUCCUGCCCAACCUCUUUCUGGCCUUCCUGCUCUCUUCUGACCCCCUCAUCACCCUCUCCCCGCCCCACCACUGCCACCUGCCGGGGCCCUUACCGUCGCCCGAGGUCCUAAACGCCUCCCUGCCCUGGGAGAAGGGGGAGAGGCCCGGGGAGAGCGGGGGACUGUCUCAUUGUAGGCAGUAUGUCAACGGCAGCCAGUCAGCAGUGGUGGACUGCGAGGCCGGCUGGGACUACAACGUUACAGAAGGGCUGAGGAACAACAUCGUUACUGAGUGGGAUCUGGUGUGUGGACAGUACUGGCUGGUCCCAGUGGAGGAGGUGUGCUUCAUCCUGGGCAUCUUGACUGGCUGUCUCAGCCUGGGGUAUGCCGCUGACAGGCUGGGCCGGGCCAAGACUCUGCUGACCUCUCUGACCCUGUCGGUGGUGUUUGGGGUGCUGGUGUGUGUCUCUCCGUACCCCUCCAUCUUCAUCGUCAUGCGUUUCUGUUUGGCGGCAGCUAGUGCUGGAGUCUACCUCAUUCUGUACAUCACUCGUCUGGAGCUGUGUGAACCGUCUCUGAGGCUGGUGGUGACCAUGCUGGCCGGGCUGAUGACUGUAGCCGGAGAGCUGCUGCUGCUGGCCAUCGCUCUGGGAUGCCAGUCCUGGAGGGGCCUGCUGGGAGCCGGCGCCGCCCCGCUGACACUCUUCCUCAGUUAUGGCAUUCCUGGGCUGUUUCCAGAGUCUCCUCGCUGGCUCCUUCUGUCAGAGCGGUCUGCAGACAUGAACUCCUUCACUGAGAGAAGAAACUCCAACAGGGAUGUGAGGGACGACGAGAGCUUCACAGAGCUGGAUUCAGAGCCGACCCCCUCCUCACGCCCCCACCUGUCCUACCCUGAGCUCUUCCACAGCAGGAACAUCUGGAAGAACAUGUGUGUGCUCGGCUUCACCUCAUUCAUCUCUCACGGCAUUAGUCACUGUUACAGCUCUUUCCGAGGUGACGUCAGAGGCACGGCCCCCAGCUUCUACUGGACGUACCUGCUGUCCGUGUGUGCGGGGGGUGGGGCCUGGUUGUUGCUCUGGGCGACUGUAGACAGGUGCGGUCGCCGUGGCAUCCUGCUCCUCUCCAUGACAAUGACGGGGCUGGCCUCUUUGAUCCUCCUGGGACUCAUGGAGUAUCUCAGUGAGACGGCCAUCACAGUUUUCUCAGUGUUGGGUCUCUUCUCCUCCCAGGCCACCGCCUCCCUCUGCAUCCUCUUUACUGCAGAGAUAAUGCCCACCGUCAUCAGGGGCAGUGCUGUGGGCAUCGUGCUGGCCCUGGGCUGCGUGGGCCGCCUCAGCUCCCCGCUCAUGGACCUGAGGAACCACUACGGGUACUUCCUGCACCACGUGGUCUACUCCUCUCUGGCCCUGCUCGCCGUGCUGUCCAUCCUGCUGCUGCCCGAGAGCAAGAGGAAGCCUCUGCCCCAGACGUUGGUCGACGGGGAGCAGUACAGACGCCCCCCGCUGGGCAGGAGGAGGAGGGACAACGUGCCACUGCUCGCCACGCCCAACCCAGAGACCUAAAACACCUUUAAGAGUUGAACAGACUCAAAUCACUCACUUUGCAGCCAGAACAUUUACAUCCAUCAUGUUCAUGCAGAGGAGGAGGAAGACGAGCUGCACAGACGAGUGUGGACGGACAAUGAAGGACGGUGAUGAGCGUGAUCAGACAGUCUAAGCUUCCUAACAUAUCAUCCUCCAGUCAUUCCAAACGCAGGGGCGAGCUGCCAUUUUUCUUCACCAUUCUCUACUUCCUGCCAUUCAGAUGUGUGUAGAUCUGACACACAGGGUUCACAGACACAUGUAGGGAAGUCUUCAUCUUCAUCUCCAUGUGACACACCAGCAUACACUGCUGCGUCCGGGCGUCUGUCGUAGAGAUGUUAGCUGCUUACCGUCGACACUCCAGACCAGAAGAGAGUAGUCGCUAAUUAUUCCUAGCAUAUGACUUAACGCAUAGAACGUUCUUUGUCGUGUUUGCUGUGUACGACAACACUAGAAGCGCUCGGACAUGUGCAAAAUCAAAGCAAAGUCAGCUUUGUAUACUUUUCUGUGACACCUGUGAUAAUGAUGUGGCACCCCAAGCAGGGAUGGACCACAGCUCUCGAACAUAUGUUGUAACUCGCUGGAGUGUGGGUGCCUUGUAAAUACUCUAGACUUAGUUUCUUUAACUUCUAGGGCUUCUGAGUUUUGUUAAAGCAGACCCUGUGGCUGGACACUGUACAGUACGCUAUGCAGUGGAGCGGCGGUGCACUUUUUAAAGAUGGUGGUUCGUUUAACCAGAGUCUUCUCAUUUUAAGGGGCAGUCGUAUGAAACAUUAAGUCAAUAUUGGCACCAGAGGCGAAAAACAAAACAAAAAAGGCCUUCAAACUGAAAAGAGUUCAUGUUCAAACUGUUUAAAUCCAGUUUUAGAUCUGGCCUGGAGCCGGCAAUAUUUAUGUCUUAUUUAUGUUAUUAAUCAUAAUCCGUAAAUUAUCCAGAGGCCUAGCAUUUUAAAGUAUUAACCUAAAUAUUGUUAAAUUGGAUUGCGAUGACUCUGAACAACAUUCCUAUCUGCAUGUAUGGAGCACUGAAGGGCUUGUUUUUCCUCAGAAGCUUCUAGUUACUCAACACCUCCGUAGAUGACCAGUCUCAGCUGUAAGAAGAUCGACUGCUAUAACUUGUAUAACCAGGCACAUAUUCUUUGUCAGCACUAAAAUGUGGAAGUUUUGUAAGAGGUCAUCUGUUAUCUUGCCUGGAUGUUUAUUGAUGCUGGAGAAAGAGGGCCCGGUGAUGAAGCUCUGUGAGGUUUCAGUGAGAGCUGAAGAGGGCCCCAGAGCUCCAAAUGACCCCCCCCACUCCAAGAAUAUGCUUUUCUUCAUGGCUUCUUUGUUUGUGUGCUAGCUGAGCUGAUGCCAUGUUGCAUAUGGUUAAAUCCUGGAGAAUUAUCAAAGCAUGUCUCUUUCA